AUGCCACUCUCAAUUCGACAAAGACUGGAACGAAAAGCUCACAUUGCUAUUGUGCGGAGCUCUCGCCGAUUCUCAGGAGCGGACCCAGCAAUAUGUGAAAAGGUGUCCCGGCCGGGUUUUGUUGGAUACUGGGUAUGCAAGGGAACAAUCAACGCCACCAAAGUGCCGCCUUCUGAGGCCAUAAUCACUCUACUGUGGAUACAUGGAGGUGCCUACGUCGCCGGAUCCGCACUGUCUGGGCUUGUUAGCUUGCUACGGGUCGCAGAGCUUGAAGCAGAGCAGAAUCUCUCACUCAACAUCUUCACAUUGGAGUAUUCGCUCGCCCCAGAAGCAAAGUUUCCAAUGCAGAUGGCCCAGGCGACUGCAGCCUAUAAAUACUUGAUAGAAGAGGCAGGCAUCGAUCCAAGUAGCGUCCAUGUCUUGGGAGAGUCGGCGGGCGGCCACUUGGCUUUGGCACUGGCUUACAACCUGCAGCAACAAGGUAUCCCUCGACCCGGGAGAGUCGGUUUGCUUUACCUAUGGGUAAAUCUUGAGAACACAGGAUCCACCUUUAAAACAAACAAGUAUAAAGAUUGCUUGGUGAAGGAAGACAUGGAUAAAUGCGUUGAUUGGCUCCUUGGACGCGACGGUAGGUUGAGAUUUUCUCAUCUUAUGAACUUUGCAUCAUCCCCUCCACGAGUGGAUUUGCCAUGGUCCCAGAUUUUGCCCCCUACCUGGGUGGUGAUUGGUGGGAAUGAUGUUCUAUUCUCCGACGUGAUUAAUUUUGUCGAUGAGGCUAGAAAAGACGGAGUUUCCGUGGAUUUGCAGGUUGAAGCGGGAAUGCCGCACGGCUGGCUCGCAUACUUUGAUGCCCUAGCAGUAAAACAGUACCUGCGUUUAUCCCCAGAGGAUGAUGCAGAGUCCAUCUUGGUAGGGAGUGAGGUCAUUGCAAAGGCAGUUUGUGAACAUGGUCAUAUCUGCAAGGGUCAGAAAGGACCAUAG